AUGCUAACCUCCCUGCAAAGGCCGGAAACAUUCUGUUUCUGGGGUUUACGGUCAAUCGUGCUCCUUAAGCUUCUUAUCUGUCCCCUCCCCGGUUUUGACUUCGCUCGCAAAUUGCCCUCGAUUGUGAAGUGCUCAGUAACAUGGGUCGCUUUGACCUUCAUCUAUAUUCAGCAGCUGAGGUAUUGCGGACGUGCGCAAAACGUUGAUAUCAUGAAAUUUCGUAUCCUCUUCACCUUCACUUCCUUCUUCCUGGUUGCUCUAGCCUCCGUGCUGCCCGCGCCGCUCGAAAAUCAGCUGUGGAAACGGCAAAACAAUUGCCCUUCUCUCAAGGAGAUCUCCGACUUCUUAAAAGAAAAAGGGAUCGGUGAGAACACUGUCUUUUACACCUACCCAGGAACAACAGAACAAGCUUCGAAAUACGCAAAGUCGGAAUGCUCAAAAGACUUCACCUAUUUCAUGUCGGAUCCGAAAUGGGCGGAUUGGAUGGCCAAGUGCGCCAGUGACGCAGGGUCUAGAAAUGAUCUUUUCAGACGCACUUCCAAAGCGAUGGGGCAACUGACGAAGAAGUAUGCCUACUUAAUCCUCCCCGACGGCAAGGAUGCAAACGAAAGGUCAUUGUGGUGGGAGGAGGAAUACCCGGAAUUGCUGAAGAACAGAGUCGCAGUUCUAGGCGUCACUCCCACGGGGGACAAGCCGGACGAUUGGGAGAUUUAUGAUACUAGUAGUAAAGAGCGCCGGGGUGGUGAAUGUUUCAAGUUUGUCAAGAAGAGUGAAUAUGGGGUGAUAUCGGCACACAGACUUUCAAUCGAAGCCUGCUUUCAAGGCGGGAUGUUUUAUGCGCCAGCAGCUCAAGCUUGA